AUGAAAGUCACCGCAGCUUCCGUAGCUCUUCUGGUUGUUGCUGCCCUCCCUGGGUUCUGUGUGGCAGCACCUGCCAAACGUGAUGAUAGCAGUACCCCAACAGACAUUCAAAUCCUGAAUUUCGCACUCACGCUUGAACACCUUGAAAAUGCAUAUUACACGCAAGGCUUGGAGAAGUACACCCAGCAGGACUUCCUCGAUGCAGACCUGCCUGCCUGGGCGCGUGGACGAUGGAACCAAAUCGCACAACACGAGUCGACGCACGUGUCGUUCCUUGAGAGCGUAAUCGGUGAUCAGGCGGUACAGCCAUGCACCUACAGUUUCCCUGAUACAGACCCAAUUUCUUUCGUAACAACAAGUUUCAUGUUGGAGACGGUCGGCGUUUCAGCGUAUUCUGGUGCGGCGCAGUUCUUGUCGAACUCGGAUUAUAUUACGUCCUCGGGUGCUAUUCUAGCUGUUGAAGCAAGACAAUCAGCGUGGAUCAAUUCGGCAGUUUUGAAAGCUAACCCAUGGAACACUGCGUUUGACACCCCACUUGACCUCAAUCACGUGUGGACAAUUGCAUCAGGCGUCAUCGUGUCAUGCCCUUCCUCUAACAUGCCACUGCCUGUUAAAGCAUUCCCCGCAUUAUCCUUCCCUGCCGGUGCUCAGCCAGGCCAGACCGUCCAAGUUUCUUUUAACGCAACAACGACCUCUGAGCAACUCUAUGUUGGGUUCAUUGCUGGGCUUGGGGCCACUUUUGUGCCACUUAGCUCUCAAAUGACGGUUGAAAUCCCAUCGACUUUACAGGGUGUCGUGUUCCCUGUGGUCACUUCCAGCAAUGAUACGGUGACUGACAACGUGACGAUUGCUGGACCCGCCUUUUUGAGUUUCGACUUCAACUCUGACGGCGUGGACGAAGUGUGA